AUGAAGGGUCAGAAUCAAAAUAGCCGUGGUAGCAGCAAUCCAAGACCGGGUGUCAAUGGGCAUCGUCGUUCAAAUUCUCGUUAUAAUACUGGCAAUUAUGGAAAUAAUUACUCUCAAGGACAACUGAAUAAUAGUGACGAAUCUAUAAAUAGCGACAAAUUGUUACACUUGGUAGCUAAAUCUAUUGGUAAGAAGUGUAUUGCGACAGUUAGCUCGGGUGCCCGCUAUCAAGGAUUAUUAGUAAGUGCUGAUUUAUCGUCACAACAAGGUCAGGACGCUUCAUCCCCGUUAUCGAUUGUCUUGCAGUCUCCGCAAAUUUUUUCAAAGUCUCUUAUAGAUGAGAAAAGCAAUGCGGACAAGGCGAAUGAAAUCCCAGAGAAGUUAGUUAUUCAAGCAAAGGAUUUAAUGGAUUUAGAAGUGUCAAAUGUUGACUUGAAUGAACCAGCUAAAAAGGACCUGAAUCCACGUUCCGUUUCUCCAACAUCCGGCUCAAAUACAGCAUCACCUUCUGCUACAUACGAAAGUAAAUUUAAGACUGAUACAGAUAUAAGUGGCCGCUUACAGGUUAAAGAGAGGGAACUUCAAAGAUGGGUUCCAGAAGAAGAUUCAGCUUCAUUUGCGUUAGAAGAUGACACGUUUAAUAAUUCAAAUGAGACUUGGGAUCAAUUUAAGGUAAAUGAAGAGAAAUUCGGAGUUGAAUCCAGUUAUGACGAGCAUUUAUAUACGACAAGGAUCAAUACUGCAGCUCCUGAUUAUCAUACGAGAUUAAGAAAAGCGGAAAAGAUCGCGAAGGACAUUGAAAAUCAAACCACCGGUAAUCGUCACGUAUUAGAAGAAAGAGGAAUCGAGGUAGAUGAUAGCGGAAUCGAUGAAGAAGAUAAGUAUUCUGGUGUUGAUAGAAGAGGCGAUGAAUUAAUGGCUGCGUUAAGAAAUGCUAAUAUCUCCACUGAAUCAACUGCUAGUAAUAUUCUGAAUGCACCUGGUAAGUAUGUUCCACCAAGACAAAGAGCAGCACAAUAUCAUGAUGAUCCAGCAAUUAUUUCUAGUUCUGCAGCACAACCUGGUAAAAACCCCGUUGAUUCUCAGAAAAAUGAUACUGAAACUCUGACUAAUCCUAUAGUAAAUAGUAUGGCCAAUAAGCCAGAUUCUAUACCUCCAAAGCCACAGGUUUCGAAUCAACAUAAUGAGUCAUUCAGACUUAAUGCUCAAAGUGAAAUUAAUUCUCUUCGGGAGUUUAGUGCCAACUUCAAGAUUCCCCAUCAAAUGCCUACAGAUUUAUUGCCAAUAUUAUCUAAAGAUAAGUUGAAGCAAGAUGAAAUAUUAAAGAAACAAAAAGAGCAGCAGUUAUUAAAAGCUCAGAGAAGAGAACAGAAACAAGCCGAAUUGGCAAAAUCAACGAGCUCCCUGACUGAUGCAGUAGCUCAAGAGCCGAGUCAACCCCAACAGAGAAAGAAAAUGGAUCCAACGAGACCUGCGUUCAAGUUGAAUCCAAAGGCGGCUGCUUUCACUCCUUCAAGCAAACAAUUAUCGCCAAACCCACCAAAGGCCAAUUUCAAUAGACCACCCAAUAACCCAUCUCCAAGAAUGGGUAAUCAAAGGCCUUUCACUAGUGGUAGUGGUUCCAGUGUUGGAUCUAACACCAAUUCAAAACGUCAUUAUCAAAUUUCCCCAGCAGAUUUCUUUGGAGGAGCCGACAGAAUUCCAACUAAAGAGGGUCAAGAACAAAAGGCAAAAAAUUUCAAGUUCGCUUUUAAUUUAUUUAUCACAACUAAGAAGAAGGCGGCAGCGGAUCAUGCUCCUGUGAAUUUUGAAAAGACUUUCUAUACUCCUCCAACAUGGAACUCUACGAUUGAUGAUACGUAUGAUAAAUUAUUCCCAUCACCAAACACCAUUAGGGGGCCGGGAAUGGGAUUACCUACAUCUACUAGCAUGCCAUUUAUGCCAAGUCCUAUGAUAGGAGCCCCAUCGCCUGUAAUGCCGAGUGGGUUUCCUGGCAUGCCAGGGACUCCAACUGGCAAUAAAUUCCCUCUCUCACCUCAACAGCAACAACAACAGCAACAAGCGGCAGCCGCAAUGGCAGCACAUUUCCAACAACAACAAUUCCAUGCAGCUAUGAUGUAUCAACAGCAACAACAGCAACAACAGUUUUCAGGAGUCCCACCUGGCCAGCCGCCAAUGCCAAUGUAUGGACCGGGUGGUGAGCCACCUUUCCUUCCUCCUGGCGGAUUCAUGAUGCCGCCAGGAAAUUUUAAUGCGGGGGGUAGUCCUGUUAAUGGCAAUGUCAUGAUGGGCGGUAGCCCAUACAACAAUGUAAGUGGAAAUCAAAUGAAUACCAACUACAAUAAUCACCAUCAAGGUGGUAGCACUGGUGGUAGAAGAUAUAAUAAUCAUCAUCACAAUCAGAAUCCCCAACACAGCCAUAAAAGAGGAAGUAAUGCUUGA